AUGACCGAAGAAGACGAAGGGGCUCUUUUCGAGCAGAAUGUAAAAGACCUAUGGGAUGUCCACUUACAAUCGAUCCAUCAAUUUCACCAAACACGUACCGCUCAAGAUCUGGAGAAUUCAAUACAGGCCGGAGAAAAAGCUCUUACUGCAAUUCCAAAACAUCAUGUUUGCUGGAGCGCCAUCGCGUGUAACCACAGCGACAAUCUGACGGAAAGAGCGAGGGAAAAUGAAUUCAAAGAGGACCUGGUAUCUGCAAUAUCACUAUUGCAUGAAGUGUUAGCAGUAGUUCCAGACACUCCUGCUCAACGACCCAUACACUGGCACACUCUGAGCAGAGCCAUGCACGAAACGUACGAGCAAGACGGUACCCCUGAUGAUUUGGAGAGCGCCAUCCAUUAUUCUCAACUGGCGGUAAACUCUGUCGAAUCGGACAAUCCACAUUAUGCCGACUUCUUGGGACAAUUGACGCAAUGCCUUGCAUCAAGAUCCGCAUCACGCUUAACUAGCAAUCUUUUAGACUUGGGGGAAGCUAUACGGCUUGCGCGAGGCGCCCUUGAUCCUACUAAUGCGAACCAGCUUCAUGAUCUUGCACUGUUACUUAAAUCUUACUCUGAACACACUGGACUACCUGAACCCUUAGAAGAAGCGAUCACGUUGAACCAAAGAUCGCUGGGAAUAAACAUCGACGAUCGCCAUCGAUGUUGGUAUCUCAACAGUCUGGGGUUGAUGUUUUGCUCGAGAUAUACUUUCACCGAACAUCCUAUAGACCUCGACGAAUCAAUAAAAUGCGGACGUCGAGCAGUAGCAUUAGCGGGCAAAACAAACGAGAGCGAGAUGGAUAAUGUCAACUAUGCCAUCUGCCUAAUGAAUCUAAGCGACUCUAUUGGCUGCAGGUCUGACAUUAAUCACGAUAUGGUUGAUAUCGAGGAAGCAGUUCAAUUUGCUGAGCAGGCGCAAACUAUGGUGGCUGAAAAUCAUUCCUUACGCUCCAGAUUUCUAUCUUGUAUGAGUAAUCAGUUACUCAGACGCUCAACAGAAUCUCUGUCUGAAACGGACCUGACGAGAGCCGGGCAGCUAGCGGAGAAUGCUGUCAGUCUUGGUUCAAAGGACUAUAGUCAAUACGCCUAUCAUUUACGCGGCCUUUCGAAAAUUCUCUUCCUCGAUUUCCAAAGAAAUGGCAGCCCAGAGAGUAUACAAAAGAGCAUAAUGUUGCUGGAGGAGAGUAUAACUUCUGGUCUUAAUACUAAUUAUGCCACUCUUUCGGCAACAACAAAUGAGCUCGCACAGCGAUAUUACUCGCUCUCGAACACUACUGGGAGUCUUACCAAUCUAAACAAAGCAGUUGAUAUGUUGAGCAACCUGUUUGAGGUUUGUCCUACUGGCCAUCCCCAUCAGCGAAUGGUCAUGAUGAAUGUUGCACACGUCUUGCAUGCUCGGUUUGACAGGCUUGGAAUUUUGAGUGACUUAAAACAAGCUAUCGAGUUGACCGAGGAAGCACUUGACUAUUCUCCUGACAUGAAUGUGCCUCUCGAUUUCCAACUGCUUUGUGAACUCCUUAGCCACAGGUACCAAAGAUUGAGAGAUAUCAAGGAUCUCGACAGGUCAAUUGUGAUUUCUCGUAAAUUGGAUUCUAAUGAAUUGGGCAAGGACUUGUAUGAGAGCUUCAAAGGAGGAAAGAACAGAAAUCAUCUUUUGGAAGCUAUUGAGGAGUUGAAAAACACUAUAGGACGUAUGCCCGAAGGCCAACCAGUUGCAACAUAUCAGCUCAGCUUAUCAAACGCUCUUCGUGAUAACCUGAAGUUGGAGAACUCCACGUCAUCGGACGAAUGGAGUUACGCCAUCCAACUUGGGAAAAAAGCUGUAUCUGGCCUACCUCAAAAACACCCGAACAGAGUCGAGGCACUCCACAGCUUAGCACAUAUAAUUGAAGACAGCCCAUUUCAGUCAGCGGAAGACGAAGAAGCUGGACUGGAGUACUGCGAGGAGGCAUUGAAUCUCGAAGCGGGACCACCACUGGAUCGAAUACGCGUUGCUAUGCAUAUGUUCAACUCAUACAAGAAAAUGGGCAACUGGAAGAAAGCUCGACAAGCCGCUGAGUAUUUCAUAUACACCCUAGUACUCAAAUUACUUCUUCGAUUACUUCCACUCCAAGAUCAACAAUAUCUACUUCAGAGCCUGAAUGAGGCUUCUUCUAAGGGCGCAGGCGCUAUUUUGCAGGAUGGAGGCUCAUCCUGUGAUGCGAUAGCAUUGUUAGAAGCAGGCCGCACAAUGAUCACCAACAUAUCUAUAGUAUCGCGGGGAAAUAUCCCAGAAUUAGCUCGUGUGGAUCCACAACUACACGCUGAAUACCUUGAACUGCGUAAUGUUGUCUCUGCUCCAGUCCACGAUGAACAGAUUGAAGAGAAUCAUAAUCACUCCCAUGCAGCAGGUGGCCACCGACUCCACUUGAUUAGAUCAACAGUCACAUCGAGACUUGCAGAACGCGCCCGCCUUAUCAAGAAACUGGAAGACCUGGAGGCGAAAAUAUGUUCCGUUCUAGGGAUUGAGCAUUUAAAUGCUCCUAUAGAGGCUGAAUCACUGAAGCAACUUGCCACCGAAGGUCCAAUUGUUUUGUUCAAUACCGCAGUUUUUCGUACGGAUGCGCUCAUCAUAACGCAUAGCGAGAUCAGUUCUUUGAAUCUGGGAAAGCUCGACUACCAUGAUGUUCGAGCCAAAAUAAACAAACUUGUGGGCCCAGGACAGCUUGCAAAGGGUAAAAGGAGUACGAAGUUUGAUCGUCAGCAAGAGCUUAGAGACAUACUUGAAUGGUUAUGGACCACUGCAGUUCAACCCGUUUUGGCACAUCUGGAUUUGAUCAAAGAGAACUUGACUGAUAUACCAACACGCAUCUGGUGGGUAAACAGCGGGCUCCUUGGUCUUGCACCCCUCCACGCUGCUGGGAACUCGAAACAAUGGGCAUCUGAGUACGUUGUUUCCACUUACACAGCUAGCAUACGAAGUCUACAGUACGCCCGAGAAAAAGCUCAUCGACAUGCUAUUCUAAGUGAUCCAACAAUACUCGUCAUUUCCAUGCCGACGACAGCAGAAAAUAAAACUCCGCUCACAAGUGAGAUGGAGGAAAACGUGGUCAAAGAGUGUAUGACUAUCGAACCGACUAUUCUACAGACCCCUACAAGAGAAGCAGUUCUCGAAGCAAUGCCUAACCACGACUUCGUCCAUUUCGCCUGUCACGGUAUAGCCAACGCAGAAGAUCCAUCGUCCGGAGGUCUACUUGUCGGGCCAGCUCACGAAGAUAAAGUCCAAUAUAUCACAAUUGAGCAACUAUCCAACUUAUCUCACGAGCGCGCGCAAAUCGCAUACCUCUCAGCUUGUUCCACGGCCGAAAACUCAUCACUGAAGCUGCUUGACGAGGCUAUUCAUACUGCCAACGCGUUCCAAGUUAUGGGAUUCCCGCAUGUGAUUGGGACUUUGUGGGAGGCGAGCAAUCGGGUGGCUCCGAAGAUUACUAAGAUCUUCUACGAGACGCUUAUGCGUGAUAUUAAAACUGGUCAUGUUGCUAGUGAUGUUGUGGCGAGGAGUCUAUGGCAGGCGCUUUGUGUGUGGAGGAAGGAGAAACCGAAUGACUAUCUUUCUUGGGCUUGUUUUGUCCAUCUGGGAGCAUGA